AUGGAGAUCGCCGGCCUCGUGGUGGGAGUUGCCGCACUCGUAUCCACUAUCAAAGACUGUAUCGAACUUUUUGAAUACAUCUCAGCAGCUCGCGAGCUUGGGCAUGAUGCCGUGCUCCUGGACACUCAGCUCGACAUUGAGAAGACCCUCCUCCUUCACUGGUGUCGCAGAGUACGCCUUCUGCAAGGCGACUAUGAUGAUCGACUCGACGACCCGCAAUUACGCAGAACGACUCUUCGCGUCCUCGCCAGCAUAGCAACACUUCUCAGCGAGGCGACUUCCCUCAGCAAUCGAUAUGGCUUACAGCAGGUCUCUUCUGAGCUUGCACCAAGACGGCAAGGCCCUCUUCUUAGCAAGCAUCGUAUGGAAGAAUUUCUUGAUGAGUAUGAUCAUUUCCAGCAUCACUCCAGACGUGUACAAGCCACCGUGAGCACUACCAAAAAGGCUCGCUGGGUGGUGAGGGAUAGAUCUAGAUUUGAGGACCUUGUCCAGAGACUGGGCAUGUUGAUUGCCAAACUCAAUGAUCUACUCCCCGGCUCCAAAGGAGUAUUUGAGCGGAUGACGCAUGAAGACUUUUCAUCCUUGGGAGCCCUCCACGUUGGCACCAUUCGUGAGGCCUCGGAGCAAAUCGACCCCAGAAUAUCCAUUCUUGCAAAGUCUUUCUUGGUCGAGAGAUGCCAACAGAGAAUUUUAGAGCUUAUGUGGUUUCGAACUAUGGAUGAGAGACGAGAGCUCAUCAACGCUCCAGAAAAUGGAUCCUACAAGUGGAUUCUAGAGACGCCAGGCUCCAGUGAGAACUGGGACGACCUCUCGCAGUGGCUUCGUUCAGGCCAAGGUGUUUACUGGAUCAGUGGCAAAGCCGGCUCUGGCAAAUCCACGCUUAUGAAGGCGAUAUGGAACAACCAGCGCACGCAUACUCUACUAAAAGAAUGGGCUGGACAUUUACCUUUGCACGCUCCAAAUUUCUUCUUCUGGCAUCUGGGUACUGAUGAACAGAAGUCUCAAUAUGGUCUUUGCAGAGCAUUACUCUAUCAAAUCUUACAGGUUAACCGGCCGCUUAUCAAGAAAAUCUUGCCGGACAUGUGGAGCAGAAUGUAUGGCUCAGAGGCUGCCAAGUAUGAUAUUCCAUCACCGAGUCGAAUGCCCAAGGUAUUUGAUCUGCUUUGGGAGCAUUCAGUAGAAUUUGGUAAUUCCAAAUACUGCUUUUUCAUUGACGGACUAGACGAAUAUUCCGGCCAUUACCAGGGAGCAGUCCAGUUUAUCGACAAAUUGUCCAAGCUAUCAAACGUCAAGAUCCUCGUAUCCAGCAGACCGGAGCCGGGUUUUGUCGACGCUUUCUCCUCCAAGCCAAUGUUGAAGCUUGAAGAUCUCACCAGGACGGAUAUCAAGAAUUACGUCGAACAUAAAAUAGAAGAUCACCCCCAUAUGGCACACCUCUUGGCACAGGAUCCGGUGGAAGCAAGGGAAAUUAUAACAGAGCUCGUCGAUAAAGCUUCUGGUGUUUUUCUCUGGGUGGUUCUUGCCUGUCGAUCCGUGCUUGACGGGUUUAUUGCAUUUGAUCGAGUUUCUGAAAUUCGGACUCGGGUGGAAGAACUGCCACCCGAGCUUGCAGAGCUUUUCAGACAUAUGCUAGGGAAGAUCGAGCCAAGAUACAGAACCUAUGCAGCAAAAAUCUUCAAGCUUUGUCACAUCAAUAGCCUGACUCAAGCAGAUUACGCAAUCCCUGCACUUGGUGUCAGCCUUCUCGAUCAGUACGACCUGGACAUUUUGAGUAUACCACAGUUUUCUCCAUCUAGGCGCAAUACUUCUACAAACCCAAACCAAGAACUAGAGGGUCGACUUCGAAGUCGAUGCUGGGGUCUUGUGGAGGUACGACUACCAUAUGUUCAGUAUGACGACGAGGAGACUCCACCUAUUGCUUCCGUGCAAUUUAUGCACAAAACAGUUCUCGAAUUCCUGAAUAUACCGGAAGCCUGGGAGUUGGGGUCACUCACGGUACCAGAAGAAGAGUUCGACGCAUCUGCUGCUCUUGCGUUCAUAUCUACCUAUCUGCUACAUAUCUAUGCGGAGCAAACAAGACAAAGUGCUUGUCAGGAACAGAUACAGCGGUUCGUCAGUUAUUGCUCGUAUCGUGGUGGUAGUUCAAGUAUCUUCUUGGAAGUAGCCCUCGAUCGAUUUAUUGAAGUAGUGAAGACGCUCAAGAGUGUGUACUUGAUGCAAAACCUCGGAGAGUAUCUCAACCCCUCUACUACGCCCACUUCUAAGGAUCGACGGAUGGCGAGACUGGUUGUCGCUGUGGAACUCGACAUCUAUCGGUUUGUGCAGGCGGAACUCGCCAUCAACAGAAAUCUGACGGCCCAGAUGUCUAGUAACAAGUCUCUACUCUACCAUGCGAUCCGACGUCCGCUAUUCCGACAGUACUUGGGCGAGGAUGCAAGGCUCCGCUGCAGCACCAUGCGAGUCUUGCUGAAAGCGGGUUGCAAUCCGAACCAGGUCAUCAGGGAUAUCAAAACACCCGAAUUUGACGGCUCGACUGGGUGGAGCUGUUUUCUCGAAGUAGUCGCAUCUCAAGACCACGAAGACGUCAACGAUGUUGCGAAGACCUUUGCAUCAUUCCUGGGAGCGGGUGCUGAUCCUUUCAUUGUUGGAGCGGAAGAAAAUAUUGAGAAAUGCUUUGAGAAGUUCAACUUCAGCUCAGGCUCCAAGCAGAACCGGGGACUGCUGAUGCAGACAUACCGACUCAAGAACUUGUACGUGCUUAAUCUUUUAUCGUCAUACCAACGCAAAGAUCUGCGAGUUGAAAAUCAAUCAAGCGACAAUGAAACUGAUGCCACCACUUCUCUGUCAAGUCCGAUGCGACCUAGCAACCGGCGGCAUGAUGUGGAUGAAGACGAAGAUGAACACAGCCUCGCAGCAGGUAGAGUACUCCGUCACGCUUCAUCCCAUGUCAAUCGGAAAGCACGGCUGGGUAGGGAACAGCCUCGUUCAGAGAGGGUCACUCACUUGUAUGGACAAUGGGACGACUCCGAUUAG